AUGAAAAAAAGCAUUAUGAUUUUAUCAUUUAUUAAAAUUGUUGUACUUAUCUUCUUAACGUGGAUACCGCAUCUAAGUAAUCAUGUGAUUACGUUUAACAAAUACCUAGGCAAAAAGUACACGCUUGCUAUAAAAUUAGACGACAGAAUAUAUCGAUUACUAGCAAAAUAUAAAAAGGAUAAGGAUUCAAAAGUUGCAAUGUUAAGAGAUGAUAUAUCAAAUAAUGGAAUGGACAAAAAAAAGGAUAUAUAUAAUACUGAAAAGGAGUGCACAGAAAAAAAGAAAGAAUUAUAUAGAGGUUCAUUAAAUAAUUAUGAUAAACACAAACAAGAUAUGAACAAUAAAUAUCCUAAAUUUGUGACAAAAAAAUACAGUCAUCUUGAAAAAAAAAUAUUCAAAGAGCUGGAUUUUGUAGAUUUUCUUAAAAGGAACAAGAAUAUUAGUGAUAAGACUUACAAAACAAUAAUGCGUAAAAAAUUCUCAUUACGAUUAGGAUCACCUUUAUUAUUGUUUUUGUUGUUAUCAACUCUACUCAUAGUAGAUAUAUCUCUGUGUUAUCCAUCUGGAGGAAAGGGAUUUUGCGAGCUAUUAAAUUUAGACACGAUUUUAAGUUCCUGGAAAACUAUUUUGAAGAAUCAUUUUAGUUGGUUAUUGAUUGGUGCAAAAGCAACAACUAAUGCUGUAUUAGGAAAUUUAUUUAAUAUUGUAUUAUAUGUCAUUCCUUUUUUAAUAUUAGGUGUUACACUUAUAUCGUACGUUUUUUAUUACCAUAAAAAAGCUAAAAAAUAUGAAAAAAUUAAGUUCAGUAAAAAGUGA